AUGCCUACACACUGCUGCGUUCCAGGAUGCACCAAAGAAGGCUAUCGCAAAGAGCAUGGGUCGAAAGUGUCGUACUUUCAAUUUCCUAGAGAAAAAAUAGUAAAGAAGAAAUGGAUACAGGCCAUCAGGCGAGACGAAGGAAAAGACUUUAAAAUAUCCGACUCAACAAAGGUCAAUUCCAGACAUUUUAGAAAUGAAGAUCUAAAAAAGACUCUUGCGGGGAAAAUAUGUCUAAAACCUGGCGCCAUACCUUCGAUAUUUUCCUGGAUUCGCACGUCGCCUCGCAAGAGGAAACCACCGACAGAAAGGAACGUUUGCGAGCCAGUGGCGUCGAUUGCCACUGUUUCUAGAUCGAAUGCAUCUGCCGAGAGUGUGGUGGAUUUUGAUUUGGAAGAAAAAGUGGAAGUAAGUAUCGGUUUGACUACCAGUGUUGUUGAGAAUCAGAAUAUAAUCUUGCCAGAAAAGGAAUGUUAUGAUUUGACGGAAACCAUCACAAACAAAAACAAAAGAAUUGAAGAAUUAGAACAAGAAAUCAAUGACAUUAAAUUGCGAUUAGAAAAUGCUCAGCGGCAAAUCACAAACCUUACAAAGAAAUAA